AUGUUGCGCCAAGUCCGGCUCAAGUGCCGCUGCCGCCUGUUGUUCAGUGACCUAAAAGGUUUUCUACUCCGGCGCCCCCCUCCUCCUCCUCCUCCUCCAGUGAUGAAUUACGACCGAAUCUCACGGCCGACCAACAACGGGGUCCUGACCAACAACAACACACUGCUCCCGGCUGCGAAAGGGGGCAAGUGGCGGGCAGGCGGUGCUCCAGGAGAGGAAUGUCCUGAGGAACAGGAGCACGGGGCCUAUGAGCAGCCCAUGCCCUUAGUGAGCCCAUCAGCCGAGGAAUCUUACCGAAGGAAAUGUGAGGACGGAGUGUCUUUAAGCAGCAGCAGCAUUGCCAGUGGCUGUCGCUCUCCUCAGUGCCGCAUCUGUUUCCAGGGCUCCGAGCAGGGGGAUUUGCUGAGUCCAUGUCGCUGUGCCGGAUCUGUUCGUUGUACACACCAACCCUGCCUGAUAAAGUGGAUCAGUGAGCGAGGAUCCUGGAGUUGUGAGCUGUGUUACUACAAAUACCAUGUCAUUGCCAUUAGUGCCAAGAACCCCCUUCAGUGGCAGGCAAUAUCUCUGACGGUGAUUGAGAGAGUUCAAAUUGCAGCUGCAAUUCUCGGCUCCUUAUUCCUCAUUGCAAGCAUUUCCUGGCUCAUCUGGUCAACAAUCAGCCCAUCAGCAAAGUGGCAGAGGCAAGACUUACUCUUCCAGAUCUGCUAUGGAAUGUACGGAUUCAUGGACAUUGUCUGCAUCGGUUUGAUUAUUCAUGAGGGGCCAUCUGUAUAUCGUAUCUUUAAGCGUUGGCAAGCAGUUAACCAGCAAUGGAAAGUACUGAACUAUGAAAAGUCCAAGGACUUGGAGGAUCAGAAGAGCAGCAUGAACCGUAACAGGAACUCACGGACCGAAAGGUCAUCUACAACACACAGUUCCAGAAGCAACCAGCCAAUGGCAACCAUGUCCAAUCAUCACUGUGCAUACACUAUUCUACACAUUCUCAGCCAUCUGAGGUCUAGUGAACAGAGGCACCAACCAAAUGCAAACAGAGAACUGGUAAUGAGAGUGACCACAGUCUGA